UUUUGUUUAGUGUCUUCUUCACACUUUCGAGGACGCAUUGGAGCAGGAAAAAACGCUCAGUGAAACCUUUCCUAUGUCCAGAUCGAAAUAUGAAAGAAAUUUGUCUUGUAAAAUCAUGACCCUGUUAUAGGACAAGUCUGUUCUUGACGGUUUUGGGCACUUGCUGAGGUUUCUGCAGAAAAAGGUGCUUCUGCGACCCUCUGCAUUUGUGCUUUUACUGUCACAGAAUGUCACAGGUUACUAUAUGAAAGAGCUCACAGCCUCAGGCCUUCAUCACUUGGUAGAACAGGAUGGAUCAAGAAAAGCGGGAUAAGUUGUCCAAGUUGGUGGAGGAGUUGACUACCUCUGGAGAACCACAGCUGAAUCAAGCAAAAAUGAAGGUUGUGAAGAAGAUUUGCAAACUUUCCAAUGACUACAUUGACCAUUUCUAUCACCUCGUCAUGACCCAGCUAAAUCAGGACCAUGCAGAAGUUCGCUUCUCUGCCUUCCAAAUGGCUACCGAGCUUUUCAGCCGUUCUCAUCACUUCAGAACUCUCUUGGUAACAAACCUACAGGAAUUUCUGGAGCUAACGGUAGAGACGGAUGUUGAGCAGCCAUUGCCUCCUCCGAAAGAGGUAGCCAGGAAGCUGAAGACCCAAGCUAUCCAGACUGUACAGACCUGGCAGACCAUGUACGGGGAAGCCUACAAGAAGCUGGCUUUGGGUUAUCACUUUCUAAAGCAAGUUAAAAAGGUAGACUUUCAGGAUGUUGAAGCAAGAUCACUGGCUGAACGAAGGAGACAGGAGGAGAAACAGCAAAGACUGGAGAGGAUUUAUAAGGAAAAGCUUGAAAAGGCCAAGCAGGAGAUGGAUGAAAUGGCUAAUGAGAUUGAGGAAUCUCUGACGGAGAUGAACAACUGCAUGACCUUGAUCAUGCCAGACACUUUCAAUUUUUUCAGCUCAGAGCUGACAGCAGUCCGAGAAAAGACCACCGAAGUUAGUCUCCAGGACACAGACGUCUGUGAUGAACAGCCUUGCUGCAGCAAAGACCUUAACAAAGAGGGUGAAAGGAUAGCAGAGGAAACUAAUGCUAAAGAAGAAAAUGAGGACUCUAGUGGAGAGAGCGACAUGGAGGAGGGUGUGGACAAGGACGUGUUUAUCCGCAGCUCUGGACUGAUGUUCCACACCUAUCGGCUCGAUCUGAAUGUGUCCGCAGAUCUGAAUGUGAAAGAGACGGAGGAGAAUGAAGCAGUAGUGAACACUAUGAGAGAUCUGCACAGGGUCAUCAGUAGUAAAUAUCUUCCUGCCACGCAGUCCUGGAUUCAGGUUUUUACGAAAGUUGGUGUGGAUGAGCAGCUGAUGAGACGCGCCACUGACCUCAAAAAGUCUCUUGAGAAGGUUUUGAGGAAACAUGAUGAGCUUCAUAUAGACUACAAAGCAAGGCAAAGAAGAGUGUUAAAGGCUGGAGAGGAUGAUGAUGACGACGACGAUGAUGAUUUUGAAGAGGUACCAGAGAAAGAGGGUUAUGAGCCACAUAUCCCCGAACAUCUGCGGGCCGAGUAUGGUCUCGAUUCGAUAUCUUCCGCAUCUACCUCUGUGCCUGAACUAAAGCCAUCCAAGCCAGUGGAGAGACCUACAACUUCACACAUGCCUUCAGCUCUCAACCGGCUUAAGAGCAGGAAAUAUGACGAAGAGCAGGAUCCUACAUGUGCAGCUGCCACACUGCGUGUCCUAAAAGAGAAAGUGACCACGGCAAUAUCUUCAAGUGUGUCUGGAGCCUCUGUCAAACCCACCACAAGCAGCAGUGAGCAGGGGGAUGAGAAGGAGAAGGAGAAAGCUCCUGUCAUUCCUUUUGGUAUGGAUCUCUACUACUGGGGAGAGGAGCAACCUAUGGCUGGCAAGAUCAUCAAGAACACCUCUCAGCACCAGUUCUGGGUGCCCCAUGAAGUGGAGGAGGAGGUUGAGAACAAAGAGUUGUCUGCACAGAUGAAGUCCAGGUACAUUACCUUUGCUGGACAUUUCCAACCUGUGGAGCACAAGUGCAAAGCCCCGAUGCCCAACGGCUCACUGUGUGAACGCCAGGACAGAGUCAAGUGUCCAUUCCAUGGGUUAAUAAUUCCUCGGGAUGAGAUUGGAAGGCCAAUUAAUCCAGAGGAUGCAGCUCGUCUGGAGAGGGAAGAAUAUAAACGCAGAGAGGAGCAACCAGACUGGCGAGAUCCAGAGCUCAUGAGGGAGAUUGAAGCAGCUACGGGUGAGGAUCUGGGCUCUUCUAAAACAUACGGAAAGGGUAAAAAGGCUGGGAAAGGAAAGGGAAAGAAAAGGAAACAUCCCAACCUCACAGACCUGAAGCAAACUGCCAAUACUUCUCGCUCAAGGCUAGAAAAGAAGGUCUUUAAUAAGAGCUCCAUGAGACGAAUAGCGGCGGUCAUGAACAAGAUGGACACAAGGAAGCAUGAGAAAUUUGCCAACCAGUUUAACUAUGCAUUAAAAUAAAUUCUCUUGUCCUCUAAACUAGGAUCUGUUUCUCCUGAAUGAAGUGUGAAGCUAUCCAGGGUUCUGUUUCUAAAAAUGUGAAAUUAAAUACUAUUUAACGUAUCUUUGUAUUGUACUGUAAUUAUGUAUUUUAUGAUUUUGCAGACAUUUUUAAUAUUUUACUGUAAAAUUAUGGUGUGAAAUUAUGUGAUCUGUCCUUCCAUGUAGUGAAUAACCUUAAAAUUACCUUUUUGUUUUUUGAAAUGUCCAUGAUUUAUUUAUUUUGGGGGGGGGGGGGAGUCUAUGAUAUUUUAUUGAAAUUUCUAAUAAGGUUUUGCAAUACUUUUUUUAUUCAGUGAAUUGUGAUUUUUUUUACGAAAAUAUUUUCAUGUAAGUCUGUCUGUUCUUUUCAACAAGUAAAACAAGCAAAAUGUCUGUGUUACUACGAGAUGUUUUGAGAAUAUUUUCUCUUUUUCUAUUGUCGUGAGGUCGCUAGAAGCUUGGCUCCUGCAGUUUUGCGUUCAGACUAACGUUUUAUUCCGAUAUUAUAAGAAACAGCGACUCGGUUUAUUGUGAAAAUAAACUGCAUUCCUGAUCACAGUCCGAGUUUCAGUGUAGCUCAUUAGAGCUGCGCGGUUUGUGCCUUAAAGGAAAUCUGUAUCCUUAAAUAAAUUGUCUCGGGUGUCAACCUGCUCAGAUAAAACUUUAUACUUUUAAUAUAAACUCAAUAUAUUUAAUAUAGACAUUGAAUUUCCGCCACGCUUUAAUUAAUCCGGUGUAACAAUUACACCGC